AUUAAAAAAGAAAAAAAAAAUCUUCUCUCCUCUUCUUUUGCGGACCCUUUGGCCUUUCUCUCUCUCUCUCUCUCCUGAAUCUUCAAAAGACGUCUUCCCGACGCGCCACCGAGCACCAGUCAACCAGAAGAAAUCCUCUCUUUAUUUUUCUGAGAAAAGCUUCUUUUAUAGAAACUUCUACUUUUUGAUUCUGUUUACAGUGGUUUAAUUUUACUUUGGUCUUACCAUGCCGCAAGUGGAUCUGGAAACUUUGGUUUCUGCAUGUGCCGGCGGCACUGCACACGACCGGAAGAUCGCCUGCGAAGAAGCUUUUGCCGAUGGCGAUCGUCGGCCUGAGGAUGAGGACCGAGAGGUGACGGAGCAAUCGGAGGUUCCGCCGGAUUUUCCUCCGGAAUCAUUUUGGCUGUCCAAGGAUGCGGAGUUCGAUUGGCUGGAUCAGAACGCGUUUUACGAGCGCAAAGAUUCCACUAAAGGUAGUUCCAAUUCCACCAACUUGAAUAAUCCUAGUGUGAAUCCGCCUUCCAAUUCGAAUUCUCAACGCUUUUCCUUGAACUUCAAAUCCAAGGCCUCGAUUCUCGGCCUGCCGAAGCUUCAUAAGACUUGCUUCGUCGAUACCAAGAAUCGUCGCAAUUCGAAAUCUGGAAAUGCGAGGCUGUUCGUGAAACAGUCCGGAUCGUCUGCGAAAUCGGACUCCGCGCUCGUCGAGCCGUCGUCGCCGAAGGUCUCGUGUAUGGGCCGGGUGAGAUCGAAGCGAGAUCGGAGUCGACGGUGGAAGAAUCGCCGCCGUCCAUCUGAACCAUCGCCGCCGAAGGAAAAACCGGAUCGUAAAUGCGCUAAACGCGGCUUCUUAUCGACUUUCCGGUCACUUUUCAGAGUUUGGAAAAAACCGCCGGCGGUUAAACCAAGCGCUGCCGACGCCGCCGAAGACUUGCCGGUGAGGGAGAGGGCGGCUGGUACGAUGACGGCAGAAUCUCAUCCGAGAAGGAGCGUGGAGAUCGAACCGCCGGGAUUGGGCGGCGUGAAGCGGUUCGCGUCGGGGAGGCGGUCCGGGUCGUGGCUCGUCGGCGACGGAGAAUAACCGUCGUCCGACGGCAUAUGCUCCUCUGAGCUUUGAGGUACCUUGUGGCGUGGGCUGUCGGCGGGCCCAUCGGGAUUAGGUGGGCUUCUGGUGGGCCCGCUUUUUUUGUUUGUAUCGUAGCCGGAUGACGUGGCACUUUGAUUUAACCGUUCUCAUUCCCGUGCUUCACAAGGUAAGUAAGUAUAAAAAAAAAUUAAAAAGAAAAAGAGCCCUACGGUUUUCCCUCAUGUAAUUUUGCCUCUUGCCCUUUGCGGUUAUUUUCCAUUUUUAUUUGCAUCCAAACGGUACCGUUUUGUAGAUAAAA